CGUUGUCAUUGCAGGCUGUUUAUAGUCGGCGGAAUUAUUUAAACUGAAGUUACGGCUUUUUAACUUUCUGCUAACUCAGUUAGGAAAGGGUGUAACUGUGCAAUAUUGCUGCACGAGAUCGUAUGCCUGUUUUUAAGGAGUCCGCCCUGUACAAUGUUCCAGGUAGUUUUGAUUUUGUCGGUGCUAUUGUCCUGUCUGAUGAGUAUUGGUCCAGUUCAAGGAUACUUCCAUGAAGAACGCUGGAGCCCGGAAUCUUCUGUAUUAUCUCCACGAGUAAUGAUCGCUCUCAUCUGCCGCAACGCUCAACACUCUUUGCCACAUUUCCUCGGAACUAUUGAACGGCUGAAUUACCCCAAGGACCGAAUUGCUCUUUGGGUAGCAACCGACCACAAUAUUGACAACACGACAUACCUACUGCAAGACUGGCUCAUCAAUGUACAGAAACUCUACCAUAAUGUGGAAUGGAGGCCAAAGGAGCAACCAAGUGCAUAUUUUGAGGAGGAAGGACCAAAGCAGUGGACGAAUGAGCGCUAUGCCUACGUAAUGAGACUGCGUCAGGCAGCACUUGAGUCUGCAAGAGAGAUGUGGGCAGACUAUCUCAUGAUGAUAGAUUGUGAUAAUCUCCUGACCAACCGAGAUGUCUUAUGGAAAUUAAUAAAGGAGAACAAGACCAUUGUGGCACCAAUGAUGGAAUCUCGUGCUGCGUAUUCAAACUUCUGGUGUGGAAUGACAUCUCAGGGCUACUAUAAGCGAACACCUGCCUACAUCCCCAUGCGUAAGGCAUUGCGCAAGGGCUGUUUUGCAGUUCCCAUGGUGCACUCAACUUUCCUGGUAGACCUGCGGAAAGAGGCUUCCAGACUGCUGGCAUUUCACCCGCCACAUCCAGACUACACCUGGGCCUUUGAUGACAUUAUAGUCUUUGCCUUUUCAGCCCGCAUGGCAGAGGUCCAGAUGUUUGUUUGUAACAAGGAAAUUUAUGGACAUCUCCCAGUGCCUCUUCGUGCUCACAGCACUCUGCAGGACGAGGCAGACAGCUUCAUUCAUACUUUACUGGAGAUCAAUGUGCGAAAUCCUCCAGUUGAGCCGUCCAGAUACUUGCCCAAACCUGUCAAAAAUCCAGACAAAAUGGGUUUUGAUGAGGUGUUUAUGAUCAACCUGAAGCGGCGGGCCGACCGUCGUGAGCGAAUGCUUGAAGCGUUGAGAGAGCAGGAGAUUGACUGCAAGAUUACUGCUGCUGUUGAUGGCAAAGCUAUGAAUGUCAGUGAGAUCAAUGAUAUGGGAAUCCACAUGCUGCCCGGCUACAGUGACCCUUACCACGGCAGGCCUCUUACAAGAGGAGAGCUGGGCUGUUUCCUGUCCCACUAUAACAUAUGGAAAGAGAUUGUAGACAGAGGCCUGAAGACUUCACUGGUACUUGAAGAUGAUUUGCGGUUUGAAAUUUUCUUCAAACGGCGCCUGCAGAAUCUGAUGCAUGAGGUGGAGAGUAAGGGUCUUGACUGGGACCUCAUAUAUAUUGGGAGGAAGAGGAUGCAAGUGGACCGGCCUGAAAAAGCAGUAUCAAACAUUCGCAACUUGGUGGAGGCGGAUUAUUCCUACUGGACGCUGGGUUACAUGAUGUCAUUACAAGGAGCCACAAAGCUCCUCAAAGCAGAACCACUCAGUAAAAUGUUACCUGUGGAUGAGUUCCUUCCUGUUAUGUUUAAUAAGCAUCCUGUAUCGGAUUACAUGGAGCAGUUUCAAAUGAGGGACCUGAAAGCAUUUUCAGCGGAGCCCUUGCUGGUGUUCCCUACACACUACACUGGCGAACAGGGCUACAUCAGCGACACAGAAACCUCCACAGUGUGGGACAAUGAGAAAAUAAGCACAGACUGGGACAGGAAGCGCUCGGGUAAGACGCAAGAACAGGCUGAGAUCAGCACAGAGGCCCAGAACUCUAAUGUGCUCCAGUCUCCACUGGACAGAACAGCACGGGAAGAACUGUGAGAGACACUUGUUCCAGAGACAAUACAGUCUCAGUUUUUCAAUCAUUUUAACUGGGACGAUGUGGAGUGCUCCACCUUAUAAGUGCUAUUUUACUGACCAAAAGUGGCCUUUGAAAAUAAUUUUUUUAUCAUGUUUUACUAAACAAUUGUAUUUUUGUGCUUGAGUGCUUGUGCCUUUAUUUGUAGAUUAUCAAAUCAGUAACAUAGGCCUGAUUUGUCUGUUCAUCAUCAUGUUCUGUGACCCCAAUAAAGGUGCCAUGUGU